AUGGUACUGAUGACCGAGCAGGCGGACAGACCUUUGACCCCGUUAUCCACGCCAGAAGUUUUUAACAAGGAGUCCCGGGGGAAUCGAUCGACGCCUGAAGUGGAGAAUGGAGGUGAGAGGAGACAGAGGAGGCGCGGACGGUCACCUGCAGACCUCCAGCUGUGUCUGGACACAGAGUCGGACCCCUCGGAGAGCCGGAAGAAACCAGCCAGCAUGAGACUGAAACCUGUGGAGCAGCUUUCACCCACGCAGAGUCCAAGUGACUGCGAAACAAAGUUUGAAAGGAAGAAAUCCCAACACAACCGGUUAUCAAAGACAAAUGCCCAGUAUCAUAAGUUAUUCAAGGAAGUGAGCAAAGAUGAGUUACUCAAACAAAGUUACACCUGCGCCCUGCAGAAAGACAUUUUAUAUCAGGGCAAAAUGUUCGUCUCUGAUAACUGGAUCUGCUUCCACUCCAAAGUCUUUGGCAAAGACACCAAGAUUGCACUUCCGGUGAUCUCGGUGACAUUUAUCAAAAAAACUAAAACCGCAAUCCUAGUGCCAAACGCCCUCGUGAUCGAAACGACAAGCGAUCAGCAUGUGUUUGUGUCCUUCCUCUCUCGUAACACCACCUACAAACUUCUCAAGUCCGUCUGCGUUCAUUUGGAGGUGGAGAAGACCUGUAGCAGCCCCAAUCCUUCCUCCUGUGAAAACAGCUUCAGAGUGAACUGCCCAUCAUCACUUCCUCUGGACUUUUCUGGAGACUUCUCUGACCUCCAUGGGGUCGUGCAGCAGAGACGGCAGGAAAUGAUGGAGAGCAGCAGCUCCGGGUCUCAAACUCCAGAUUAUGAUAAAAUGCCUGACUUCACCGGCCUCCCGGACACGUUUCUAAGCGCAGUGAAGAGCGGAGAGGUUUCAGUCCACGCUGACAUUCACCUCCAGACUCCAAGCCAAAAACAUGGAGCUGCCCUUAAGAACGGGUCAGCCAAGCCAACCCGAGGAGUUGCAGUCAAAGACAAACCCUCUCAGCCCAUGUCGUUACACGCCAUCCUCCUCAUCUACUUGGUUUUAGUUAGUGUUCUCGUCUUGUCCUCCUGUUACAUGGCCUUCAAGAUUGUGGCUCUCGAGCAUCGUUUGAACUCCUUGGUGUCCGUUGGGGAACACGUUCGUAAUGAAAAUGCUGUGAGCCACAGAUCCCAGGAUGAGUGGAACGCCGAGAUCUACGGAGAGCUGUCCACCAACCUGUUCAAGCUAGAAAAGAUUCAAAGAAACCUCCGGAAGCUACUUGAAGAGACUUAAAAGAAGACUGUUGUCUGUCGGUCUGUCUGGACAGAAGCUUUACUUUUAUUAGAAAUGCUGUUUGAUCACUGCAGAGCAGCAGUGAGCCCAUUUGGUAAAAAGAUCUGUUGCCAAAGUGCAGACAGCUCGUACAGAAAGCUUAAAAAUUGUGUGAUAUUUAACUUAAAUUGUGCAAUAAGAGCUUUUUUCCCCCUUUUUUUCCACUCAGGACUAUUUUAUCACUCUUUUUUGAAACAAAAUGUUGUGCUGGAGGGUAAAAACUGAAGCAGUAUGUUAGUGUGCCAGAGUUAGUGUUAGUGAAGUACGAACGUGUAGUAUUUAUCUGAGAGCUUUUAUGUUGCAUUUCACAGUAGUUGGGAUUUUUUUUUGUUACAGGUAUCAGGUCCAAAGGUCCUAUUACAAUGUUUUCCAAAUAUUUCAGAAAAGGUCAACUCGUGCUGUUCAUGUGUUCUUGUGUUAGAAUGAAAAUUGACAAUAAAUUAUAUUUAUGUAUAUAAAACACUCAGCUAGCAAUGUUUUUACACUAAGGUGUACAUGAAUAGUGGUUGCUUAGUGAAAAUAUGUUGAAAUUGUUUGAAAAUCAACUGAGUUUAAUUGGUGUUUUUUAUUGUAAAUGUGGACUUUUUACUAAAACACUUUAACAUAAUUUAUUAAAGGCCAAAUCUGUAAUUUUCUAACCAUAUAAAUGACAAGUUUUAUUCACUUAUAUAAUUGAAGAGUGUUUUAUCUAAUCAUAAUUUUACUCUUAAUCGGCGUCAGAAAACAUUUCCACUGAAACUUUGCUGUUGAGUGUUUGUGUAUUAAAAGACUGGUCAAUACUUUCAGGAGCAAUAGACGGUUAUGAGCUUUUCAACUCUGGUGGUGCGGUGACCCUUUCGUUUACAUUUACUGUAGAUCACAGACUGUGCCUUUAACUAUUGUAAUGUAUUGCAGCCUCUGAAAUAAACGGCUCUCAUACAUUGUCUAUUGAACUUUGCUGCGAGAGCAUUUCAACA